AUGCUUUGCUCCCUUAAAGAAGACUUGAAAUCCCUAGAAAUUAUACUAGCUAGCACUUCAACACGUCGAAAAGAAAUACUCAGAAACAUUGGUCUAAAGUUCUCCUCUGUUUGUCCUGAUGUUGAAGAGUCACUGCCUUCAGAAAACUUUCAAUCAAUACCAGCUCAUAUCGAAGCCAUAGCUAAACUUAAAGCGGAUGCAGUGGUGAACACUUUGGAUAUCAGUAAACGUAACUAUGUAGUCAUAGGAGCAGAUACUGUGGUAUGUUUUGAAGGUUGUAUUUUUGGAAAACCAUCAAGUCACGUGGAUGCUGUGAAUACACUUAGUCGUUUGAGUGGGAAUGUUCACCAAGUGAUAACCGGUGUAUGUUUAAAGUGGAUUGUAUCUGGGAAAGAACAGAAAAUUGAUCAAUUUCAUGAAGUAACAAAUGUAAAGAUGAUUGAAUUAAGUCCUCUCAUCAUUGAGGGAUAUGUUCAGUCUGGAGAGCCAAUGGAUAAAGCUGGAGCUUAUGGUAUUCAGGGGUUAGGUUCAAGUUUAAUUGAGCGAAUCGAUGGAGAUUAUUUCAGUGUUGUUGGUUUACCAGUCUGUCGACUUUGCAAGUACUUAAAAGCUGGAUGUGAAGAAAUAGUGUCUAAAUUGUUAGACACAGAAUUUUUAUCCAGUCGAGUAGAUGUUCCCGAGAAAUAA